AUGAAAAUACUUGACCAAAUUGAACAGUUAGUUGAAACCGAACAGAAGAGACCCGAAGAUAUUAUUAAUUGGUGUUUAGAUAAUCGAAAUUAUGAUAAUACAACACAAUGUAAACGCAUUAUUCAAUGUAUUCUCUCAGAUUGUUAUUUUAAUGGAAAAUGGGUUUCAGAAGAUAAAAUGAAAGCUUUUGAACUCAAUCGAAAAUCAGCAGAGAAUGGGACUGAAAUUAAUCAUAUAAAAUCAUUCAAAUGCUACCGUAAAGCAGCUAAAGAAGGAUGUGCUAUGGCUUAUAAUGGCUUGGGUGUUUGUUAUAAGGUUUCUGUCGGUGUUGGAGCUACAGAACUCACAUCGCUAGCCCUAGAUUGGUCUCUUGGGGCGCCUGAUUCAUUCGCAGUGUUCGCAGGUCUGACCCUUGCG